AUGGAGCGUUCCAGGAGCCUGUUUGGUGUUUUGCUGGUGGUUGUUGCACUUUGGACUGGUGAUGCUCAGCCCUGGAUGGAGGGUCUGCACAAGAAGCCACCUGCAUCGCUGCCCCAGAAACAGGCGGGUGUACCUUUGACUCCAACUCAUGUGGACAAAUGCCAAGUUGAACACAAUGAGAUGAUCCAGUGUGGAACCGGAGACAUCACCCGAGACCAGUGUGAAGCCAUCAACUGCUGCCACAAUGGACGCCAGUGCUAUUAUGGCAAAGCGGUGACCGUGCAGUGUACAAGAGAUGGCCAGUUUGUGGUGGUGGUAGCUCGCGACUCCACGCUGCCUCCGAUGGAUGUGACUUCAGUUAGCCUGAUUGAAAUGAAUGAUCCCACUUGUGAUGCAGUUGACACCACUGCCGCUUUUGCCAUUUUUCAGUUCCCCAUGACCCUGUGCGGCACGACUGUCAAGGAGGAGGAAGGUUUUGUGGUGUACGAGAACCACAUGUCAUCAUCAUAUGAAGUAGGAAUUGGACCCAGAGGCUCAAUCACCAGGGACAGCCAUUUUGAGUUGUUGUUCCAGUGUAGAUAUUCAGGCACAGCUGUUGAGGCUCUGGUCAUAGAGGUCAAUGACCUUCCGUCACCUCUGUCAGUUGCUGCCGGUGGCUCACUAAAAGUUGAGCUAAGACUGGGAAAUGGUGAAUGUUUCUCAAAGGGCUGUGUUGAAGAAGAGGCAGCUUAUAACUCCUUCUACACCGCGGCGGACUACCCAGUCACUAAAGUUCUGAAGCAACCAGUGUAUGUUGAAGUCCGCAUCCUUGAUAGGUCUGACCCCAACAUUGUUUUGACCCUGGAGCGCUGCUGGGCCACUACAAGCCCAAAUUCAAAUAGCAUCCCUCAAUGGGAUCUAAUCGUUGAUGGGUGUCCCUACCUUGAUGACCGUUACCAGACAAUCAUGGUUCCUGUGCGAGAGUCUUCUAGAAUACACUACCCGACGCACUACAAGCGCUUCAUCUUCAAGAUGUUGUCCUUUGUGGAUCCAAAUUACUUCAGCCCACAAAAGGACAGGGUUUUCAUUCACUGUGCUACAGCAGUGUGCCAUCCCAGCAGCACAAAUUCCUGUGAACAACACUGCCAUCACAGACGAAAAUCUGCAGCCACAGCCCACAAAUCUCUUAACCAGGAUGUGGUCUCAAGCAAGCAGGUGAUUCUGACUCCUAUGACAGGAUACUCUAAUGAUGCCCUGAAAAAUUGGGGCAGAUGA